AUGUGGUCUCUGUUUGCUAUCUGGGUGGUUUUCGUGCAUCAUAUUCUCGCACAUAUCCAGAUGAGUAACCCAUAUCCCAUCCGGAGCCCGUUAGAUCCAGAAAAUGGUGAUAACCGAGAUUAUUCUUACACCAACCCGCUAUCAGCAUCAGGGUCGGACUUUCCCUGUAAAGGAUAUCAGUCCGACCCCUUCCGGCCCACAGCGACGUAUGCAGCAGGCGGCCAAUAUCAAUUGUCGCUGCAGGGCUCCGCAACCCACGGAGGAGGCUCCUGCCAACUAUCUCUCUCAUACGACACCGGAAAGACGUUCACUGUCAUCAAAUCCAUCGAAGGUGGAUGUCCGCUGACCUCGACCUAUGAGUUCACAAUUCCAUCCGAUGCUCCUUUGGGAAAGGCUUUGUUUGUAUGGACUUGGUUCAAUAAAAUUGGGAACCGUGAAAUGUACAUGAACUGCGCACAAGUUAUUAUCGAACAAGGGCCGGCCAACAAGUUUUCACCCCGUAAAGAGCAGCAUGCUCGUCAGAUGGUCUCAUACAGUUCCCGACCGUCAAUAUUUAUUGCCAACGUCCACGGUCCGGGUGAAUGCGUGACGAUUGCGGGUGAUGAAGUGAAAUUCCCGGAACCAGGCCCUGAUGUUGAGGGCAGUGUCACGGGCGUGGGAUAUACUUGUUCGGUGGUGGCAAACCCACCUCAGCUUCUCUAUGGCGAUCUUUCUACUCCCACUUCCACUUAUGUCACUAGCAUUCAAUCUACCAUACUUGGGCUGUCAAGUAUGAGCACUUCAUGUUCAACAAACGGUGCUAUCAUCUGUGGUGCGACUGGUCAGACAUGGUCUGUCUGUAAUGAUGGAACAGUAACUAGCAUGGGAUCCGUUGCAGCUGGUACUUCUUGUAAAGAUGGGGUUAUUAGUUAA